CUAUUCAGUUAGCAUUUAAUCAAAAACACAAGUUAACAUUAGAAACAACCUGCCUGUCAGGUGUUCACAUAAUGGAUCAAAUUUAUUUGGUAUUUGUAGUUCUCAUUUGGCUAUUUAAUGUAUUUUCUAUGCUCGUUGUUCCAUUCCCAAUCAAAGUUCCUAAAAGCAAAUUAAAAGUAAAAGACCUAAGUCUAAGGGAAAGAGAAAGAUUUCAAGUCAAAGACCCGGUCCACAAUGAAGGUUUGAAGCCAAAGGACAAAAAUUCUUAUCAAAGUGAUUAUCUUAAUGACCCAGAAGAAACGAUGUCAAAGUCAAAUCUUGGACUGCGGCUAUUCCCUGAAUUUUUUACUGCCAAUGUAAGUGAAUCGGAAACCCCUCAGGAGACAGAUAAGGAUGAUGAUGAUAAGAAUGAUGCUAAUGUCAAAGGUGAUAGCAAAGGUGUUGUCUCUAGGAAAAAGAGUGAUGACCCAGAUCCACCCCCAAGCGAGGCUGCGGAAAUUGGUGGAGUUCAGCCUACCACAUUGCCAACUGAGAAGACAAUAUCAAUUCCCAUUUUUAAAACUGACUACUUGGGCCAUUGGGUAUAUAAUCCAUGGGGCGUCACAUAUGGACAUUUGUAUCGUGACACUCGAUUCAUUGGUCUUCAAUAUUCCGGGCCUUUUCCAGAAUUGGAUAGACAUACCGCAAUUUUUAAUCCAAAAAGGCUCAUUACAAAAAAAGUGUGCAGAAUUCAAUCAACUAUUUACAACACUCCAAGAAUGAUGAGGUAUCUAAUGAAGCCAUUUUACCACUUUGUUCACGCCAAGCAGCCAAUAUUAACGGAUCUACGAUGGCGUAUCUACUUGCGGAGCGAUUCAGAAGAGUGCCAUUCCCCCACACAAAUAAACUGGCGAGUUUUCACUGAGUGUAUGAUGAUAAGGAACAUGCGGAUGGAAUCUAAUGUACCAUAUUACCCACUGCGACAAACCCAUGAGGAUUGGGACUAUAAUACUGAAUACAGUGGCUGGGGGUUGGACGUUGAUCCAUUUCUCUACUAUGACUAUAAUGCACUCAAGCCUAGAUACCCAGAUACACAUAAAAGGAAAACACAAAUGCCAUACCCUUUGAAUUGAAAAUUAUAUAUGUGCAAUCAAAAGA